AUGUGGCUGGACUCGAAGCCUUCCAGUUCAGUUUUGUACUUGUCAUUCGGUAGCUAUGAUCUGACUAGUAAGCAGACAAUCCAAAAAAUAGCUCAUGGACUUCUCCUUAGAAAAGUUAGUUUUAUUUGGGUGGUUAAAAGGGAUAUUGUGAGCUCUAAUGAUACUGAUGAUUUGCCCGUUGGAUUCUUGGACCAAAUCCGAGAUCAAGGGUUGAUUGUUCAGUGGUGCAAUCAAAAUAUGGUGCUUUCGCACCCAGCCAUUGGAGGAUUCUUGACGCAUUGUGGAUGGAAUUCGAUAUUGGAAAGCAUAUGGUGUGGUAUACCUAUGAUUUGCUAUCCAUUAUCAAAUGAUCAACCUACUAAUAGGAAAUUAGUAGUUGACGAUUGGAAGAUUGGAAUUAAUCUUUGUGAUGGAGAAUCAGUUACCAGGGAAGAAGUUGCAGAGAAGAUUGACACUUUGAUUAGUGGAACAGUUUCGGACAGAUUAAGCAUGGAGAUCAAGAAAUUAAGAACCAUACUGCAGAAUGCUUUGGCAAUAGAUGGAUCAUCGGAGGAAAAUAUUGGUCAAUUCAUUAAAGAUUUGAAGGCAAAAAUUCAUGAUAAAAGGCAGGAUAUAUAA